UUGCCGGAGUGCUUCCUGUACACACCCAAUGCCGAAGUCUGAACCUUCUGCGUGGAAUUCCAGCGCCACACACUCCUUGACCAUUGUCAACUGCAAGCGUGAUCAGUGGAAGAACUGUAUAAUAGGAAAGGAGCAGCUGGAGUGAGAGAGGGUCAUCACCGAGAGGUGCUAGUUCAACUAACAAUCAAUACAUCUCUGUAGCCUGGCCUUCCUGGGAACUAGAGCGCGUGCAUGGCGAGCUCCACUGCCAUUUGGGUUGUGAUUGGGGAGGAAUUCGUCACGAGUCUGCACUGAUUGCUUAAAUUCAAUGUCUUGACUCCCUCGGUGAGGUUCUCGAUGACUGAGGUCGCGUUCAAUGGAGAGGCUUACUGAAUAGUUGAGUAUAUGUGACGGGGAGAGAGAUGGAGAGGAGAGGUUAGGCUCCUGGCACCAAUGGUGAGGGAAUUUGAAUCUCCAAGAAUUCCACCUCCUUUGCAAUGGCUGCGACUAAUUUCUACCUCCCAUAUCCUUCCAAAAUCCAUCUCUCGCCAGAGUCUCAUAUCCGCAGUUCAGUCCCAUGUGCAUCCUCGUUGGUGGGGCGGGCGUGGCUCGGCGAUGACUUAAAGAAGUCGGUGACUGUGACUGGAGUUUCAAAGAGACCAUUACUACUGGCGGAGAGUGCAGGGCUAGAAUUUCUCGCUUCCGCACGAAAUUGCGCAAGUUCAUCUUCUUGGGUUGGAGGUUUCAGUACCCAGAAGGGGCAUUGGAGUGGAACGGUAUGUUCAUUAAAAGAGCAGGAGCUGCAUUCGCAAUCCUUCGUAUUGGACUCUAGCGAAGGUGCUCCGGAAGCUCAGAUCACGCAAUGGAGUAUUGAGGAUGAAGCUGUGGAGGAAGAACCUUUGAGCAUUGUUAGAGACCACCAGGGAGAUGGUGCUUUGAUUUCCUUUGACGUGGGUGAUGCCACAAAUAGUGCGGAUCGUGUGAACCUAGAAACUGACAUUUUCUCAGGUACAGACGAGGCUGCCGUUCCCAGCUCUUCGGGUUUAUUCAUUCGAAACGUAGAGGAGCGGAAGGCUGUUCGCACAGCAUGGGAGAAGCUCGUCCGCUGGUCUCGUUCAUGGCAGCUCCUGAACGAGCGCCGGAAGAACGCCCUCAAGAAGACUAAAAAGAUUGUCGUCCUGGGAGGAGGGUCUUUUGGCACAGCCAUGGCAGUUCUGCUGGCCCGAAACAAAGCUGACAUGAACGUCACUCUCCUUCUCCGAGAUCACGCCAUCUGCCAAGCCAUCAACGAUCACCACAUGAACCUCAAGUACUUCCCGCGGCACCAGCUUCCGAAGAACGUAACCGCAACCACAGACCCCAGAGAAGCUCUUCAGGAUGCUCAGUAUUGCGUUCACGCUGUCCCCGUGCAAUCCAGCUCGGAGUUUCUCCGUAGCAUUGCUGAACACGUUCCUGCAACUCUCCCCAUCCUUUCUGUGAGUAAGGGUUUGGAGCUUUCAACGUUAGAGAUGAUGUCCCAGGUCAUCCCCCGCGCUCUCGGCAAUCCCAGACAACCCGUUGCGGUAAUAUCCGGCCCCUCCUUCGCCAUUGAGCUCAUGGACGAGCUUCCCACGGCCAUGGUGGCUGCUUCUCGAGACAAAGAACUCGCUCGAGCCUGUCAACAAUUGCUUGCUUCCCGCUAUCUUAGGGUGAAUAUUUCCACCGACGUCAUAGGAGUGGAGAUGGCAGGCGCAUUGAAGAAUGUUCUUGCAAUUGCAGCUGGUAUUGUUGAAGGCAUGAAUCUCGGCAACAACUGCAUGGCAGCUUUGGUGGCUCAAGGAUGUUCCGAGAUCAGAUGGCUAGCUGAAAAAAUGGGGGCAAAGUCUCACACCCUCUCCGGCCUGUCUGGCUCCGGCGACAUCAUGCUCACGUGCUUCGUAAACCUCUCUCGGAACCGGUCAGUUGGGGUGCGUCUGGGAUCUGGAGAGAAGCUGGAAGAUAUUCUAUCCUCUAUGAGCCAGGUUGCGGAGGGCGUUGCAACUGCAGGAGCUGUCAUCUCUCUGGCUAAGAAGUACCGCGUGCAGAUGCCAGUUCUCACCGCUGUGGCAAGAAUCCUCGACAACGAGUUGACACCGAAGACCGCCGUUCUUGCGUUGAUGAGCCUUCCCCAAGUUGAGGAGGUUUGAUUCUUCCGUCCGCUUUUUGUGUAUUACCCAACAAGUGAUAGAUUGUUUCAGGACCAUGGCUGCGUCCAAUUAGUCUGAUAGUCUGCUAGAUUGAUAGCAUUGGAUUUAAAACAAUUUGAGGCUCCCCAGUUCUUACCAAUUCACCCAAUUUUCUACGAAAGUUUUGUUGCAGUGA